GUGGCACUGCAGGGUCGGGUGGCUGUUUAUAAACGGCCUCCCCGCACCCUUCUUGUGCGCGAUUCCCGGGACACAGUGCAACACCGAUCGUCGGACGGGACCUCUGUAAGAGGUCUUGAUCAUGUAAUCACUGAUUGGCCAAUCAGUGAUCACAUGCAAAGUAGUAAGCAAGAUCACUGCGUGAGGUCCCAACUCAUAUGAUCAUAUGAUUGGUUAAUCAGUGAUCACAUGAAUAGUCACUUUCUGACAUCAUUGCUUACUACGUGUGAAAUCUGUGCAUGAUCACAGAGGUCACAUGGUAAAAGGCUAU